UCCCUCCCUCCCCCUCCUCCUCCUCCUCCUCCACACAGCGGGGCUCCUCCUGCAGCCGGGGAGCCGGACUGGACGUUUGACGGACACCGGGGCGCCCUGGAGCGCCGUGCAUUCGACUGUUGAUGACGAAGCGAUAGGAAAAUAAAUGAAGGCCAAGUAGGGAAGGCAAAACGAUGCCCAAGGGUGGGUGUUCUAAAACACCACAACCAGAAGAAUUCGCCCUCAGCUACGACAUGGUGGAGAAACAAACUGGGAAAAAGGAUAAAGAUAAAGUUUCCCUAAACAAGACUCCUAAGUUGGAUCGAAGCGAUGGAGGGAAAGAAGUGAAAGAAAAAACUACAAAAAGAAAAUUGCCUUUCUCAGUAGGAACAAAUGGAGAUCAAAAAGAUUCUGAUACUGAAAAACAGGGCCCUGAAAGGAAACGAAUCAAGAAAGAGCCUGCCAACCGGAAGUCUAGUUUACCUUUUGGCAUCGGACUUUCAGGAAUGCGGGCCGGGUACCCUUUAUCAGAGAGACAGCAGGUCGCCCUACUUAUGCAGAUGACAGCAGAAGAAUCUGCAAACAGCCCAGUUGACACGACACCAAAGCAUCCUUCUCAAUCUGCAGUUGGUCAGAAGGGGACUCCUAACUCCGCCUCCAAAACCAAAGACAAAGUUAACAAGCGGAAUGAGCGGGGGGAGACUCGUCUUCAUCGGGCAGCCAUAAGAGGCGAUGCACGACGUAUCAAGGAACUGAUUAACGAGGGAGCAGAUGUCAACGUUAAAGAUUUUGCAGGUUGGACGGCCUUGCACGAGGCAUGUAAUAGAGGUUACUAUGAUGUGGGAAAACAGCUCCUGGCUGCCGGAGCAGAGGUCAACACCAAGGGCUUGGAUGAUGACACCCCCCUGCAUGAUGCAUCCAACAACGGUCACUUUAAGGUCGUGAAACUACUGUUGCGGUAUGGAGGCAAUCCUCAUCAAAGUAAUCGGAAGGGAGAAACCCCUUUAAAAGUUGCAAAUUCUCCAACCAUGGUUAAUCUUCUCCUGGGCAAGGGUACCUACACCUCUAGUGAAGAAAGCUCAACUGAAAGUUCCGAAGAGGAGGAUGCACCUUCAUUUGCACCUUCCAGCUCAGUGGACGGCAAUAACACAGACUCGGAGUUUGAGAAGGGCUCUAAACACAAGGGCAAACGUCAGAACCCUCAGAAAAGCACGCCAGUGAAAGACGAGUACGAGUUCGACGAAGAUGACGAGGAAGAUCGUGUACCUCCAGUCGAUGACAAACAUUUGCUGAAAAAAGAGUUCCGGAAAGAGACUAAAGCUAACAGUUCGAUUGCUAUUCCUAAAAUGGAAGUAAAAACGUAUUCUAAAAAUACAACCGCGCCAAAGAAAGCUGCUCGCCGUAUCUUGUCUGAUACUUCAGACGAGGAGGACAAUUCCAUCACCAUAGAGGCCCCUGAAAAGCUCCUCCUGUCUGCUCACACCGUUCUACCGAGCAAUAAAACCAGGGAGCAGCCUGUAGCAAAGCAUAAAGAGAAAAGUAAAGUAAAAAAGAAGCGGAAGAAAGAUGCAAAAACAAAGGAAGUAAAGUUUGAGAAGAAAAACAAAUUUUGUUCCUCUGAAUCUGAAAGUGAAAACUUAGAGAGUGAUGUAGAGAAUGAUAUGCUUUCCUUAGAAAAUUCAAACUGUGUAAAAGACUCUGCCUUAGCACUGAAGGAGACUUCUUUGUUUAGUUCUCUUUCAGCAUCUUCAGCAUCGUCUCAAGGGAGUUUAGCAUCACAGAAGCACAAUGCUAAUAUCCCUGACCAGCACUCCAAACACUGGAGAACGGACAAUUGGAAAACUGUAUCUUCCCCUCACUGGUCAGAUGUUAGCUCCUUAUCGGACUCUACACGGACACGGUUGACUAGCGAUUACGAUUACUCAUCGGAGGAUUCCAGUGUGGAGUCUGUGAAACACGUUAAAAAGAAACACGAGCACAAAAAGAAAAGUAAUAUGCAUAACAGCAUAUACGAAAAGAACUCUUUCCAUCAUGUUGACGGGGCAAUUCCCAAACUAGAUAAAGAAGGCAAAGUAGUGAAAAAACACAAAACUAAACACAAAAAUAAAGAAAAAGGACUGGUGCAGGCUCCUCAAGAAGUGAAAAUCCUUAAAAGUUUUUCUAUCGACUAUGAGGACUGUAAACAAAAAUCAGAGAAGCCUUUAAAUUUGGAUGUCGAUAUUCCAGAAAAAUUAAAAGUAUUAAAACAUGAAAACGAGCAUCUCCGAAAAGAAGAGAAGCUUUCAAAAGUGAAAUCCGAAAAGGAAGACUGGGUCUAUAAAGAUGAGAGUAGUAAGGUUACCAAAGAAGAGAAGUCAUCGAAAAAGGCUAAAGAUGGCAAAGACGGCAUUAAACUUUUUAAAGAGGACCGAGACCGCUCUGGAAAAACGGAAAAGACGGUCAAAGAAAAAUCCCCCAAAGAAGAAAAACAAAAAGUCCACAAAGAAGAAAAGAAAAAGAAAACGAAAGAGAAGUCGUCGAAAUCUGAAAAGAAAAAUGAACUGAAGGAGGAGAAAACUUCCAAACCGGAAAAAGACAAAAGUUUCAAAGAAGAGAGGGUCAAGAAGGACAAGUCUCACAAAGACGAAGCAACAUUUGAAGAAUUAAACAACAAAACCAAAUUUUUAGAAGAUGAAACAAAAUACAACUCAUCAGAUGAUCAGGGUUUAUGGAUAUCUGAAAUGUCCUCCGAUUCUUCCUUUGACUUCAAAGCUGAAGAUAGCUGGGACUCCUCAUUUACGGACUUUAGAGAAAGCAAAAACGAUGCCAUCACCAAGCUGAUCAUCGAAUCUGUAAAAGAGGAUGUCAAGGAAAAAGACCCCAAGAACAAAGACCGGAGAGAUUAUAUAGAAAGACCAUCCGAAAAAGAGACCGUCAUAAAAAGGAAAGAUCGAGAUUCUACUGACAAAAAGAAAGAUCAGGCAGAUGCACACAAAGGUUCCACCCUGUAUACAGGCGAACGUGAGAAGAAAAGGAAGGACUCCCUCGACACCACUAAAACCCGAAAGGAAAAAGAUGUCGACUCCACUAGGAGGGAUUCUUUGGGAAACAAAGAGCGUAGGGAUUCUAAAAUAAAACAAGAGGAGCUGUAUAAAGAAGAUCUGAAUGACUAUGGGACAGAGAGCUUCUUUAAAGACAAGUCCGAACAAGAGCUUAAUACCAAGAAUUCUGAGACCCGAGAGAGGCAUCACUCUGGGAAGGAAAGGAGGGACUCUGAGAAAAAGGAAAAAUCUAAAUCUGAAAAACAUCGCGAGAAAUCAAAAGAUUCGGAGAGGGAAAAGCCUGAUCGGAGUCAGAAAGAAAAAGAAACAGAGAAAGGGUCUCAAAAGAAAAAAGAGGAAAAGUACAAAGAUUUACACAAAGAGAAAAAAGCCUCCUCAGAGCAAAAAACUGAUAAAAAAGAAAAGGAUUUUGGGGACAAGCGAGAUGACAAGAAGUCCAGAAGUAAAAACUGGUAUAGCAUCGCCGACAUAUUUACAGACGAAAGUGAAGAGGAGGAUAAUCAAUUUAUGCCAGCUUUCAAAAUCUCCGAGGUAUAUGGCAACGAACUGCAUAGAAUGGACAGUUAUGAGCGGGAGAAUACUCUACAAGAGAAGGAACCUUCCCAGUCUGAAAAACACCGAAGAAAUUCCAAUGAAAAACCACAUCUGGGUGAAAAACAAAAAGAUCGGGAACCAAAAGAGAAGAAAAAAGAUAAAGGUCAGGCAGAAUCGGGAAAGGAGAAGAAAGAAAAGAAUACGGAAAAACACAAAAAGGAUAAGGAGUCUCUCGACAAAUAUCGCAAAGACAGAGCGUCUGUUGAUUCUAACCAAGACAAAAAGUCUAAACAAAAGGUACAAGGUGAGAAAGGCGAAAAGAAACACCAGAGCGAGGAGAAAAUCAAAAGCAAACACAAGGAGAAAUCUGAGAGAGAUCACUUUAAAGAACGAAAAUCCUCUAAAGGCGAAGCUGAAAAGAGUCUUCUGGAAAAAUUGGAAGAGGAGGCCCUCAACGACUACAAGGACGAUUCCAAUGACAAAAUCAGUGAAAUCUCUUCAGAUAGUUUUACAGAUCGAGGCCAGGAUGCCGGCCUUGGAAACAUGCUGGAAAGCACGGUGGUUACCGCUAUAGACUCGGCAGAUGAAAAAUUCAAAGAUUCAGUAGCGGGUUUAACAGAAAAGCUAAAAGAAAAGGAAAGAAAUAGGCAUUCUAGCUCCUCUUCAAAGAAAAGCCAUGACAAAGAUAAAGUACGUAAAGAUAAGUCUGAUAAGAAGGCUGAAAAACUGGACGAUAUGAGGGAGACCUAUAGCAGGAGAGAGUCCAUGCAGUAUGAUAAGGAGACUUCAGCAACAGAUGGAGACACUUUCUCUUCGUUUUCGGUUAAGACUGAAACUGAAGAGGAAUUAGAUAGAAGCAUGGACUAUGUGUUUGCUUCUGAAAAAGAGAAGCAUGAUUUUGAAAGAGACUCUUUGAAGAAAUCUGAAAAGGACAAAGUAUACUCAUCUGUCGUAAAAGAAAAGAAAAAGAAAGAUAAACACCGCGACAAAAGCAAAGAUGACAAACACCGAGAUAAACAUUUGGAAGCCUUCUUUAAACAUCACAGGGAAGAGCAGAAACCUAUGAGUAGAGAGAAGGACUCUCCGUUGACCUUAAAGGAAAAAUCUAAAGAAGAGGUGGUAAGAUUUGGUGAAAAUAAAAUCAAAGAUAGAACAAAGGAAAGCUCUGAGAAAGAGACCAUUAAGAUCAUGAAUGGUAAUGAGAAAGUCACCCUUAAGGAUGCCAACAAGAGAGACGGCAGGCCUCGAGAGAAACUUCUCGGUGAUGGAGAUCUAAUGAUGACCAGUUUCGAAAGGAUGCUGAGUCAAAAAGAUCUGGAAAUUGAAGAAAAGCAUAAAAAGCACAAAGAAAGAAUGAAGCAAAUGGAAAAGAUGAGGCACCGCUCUGGGGAUCCGAAGUUAAAAGAAAAAUUAAAAUCAGAGGAGAUGCGCAAGAAAAGUUUAGACUUGUCUACCAAGAAGCCUUUAGCAACUGAUUCACUUCAAAAAGAUAAGAAGGCUAAAGACUUAUCAUCAAAUGCAGCACCGCCGGAAAAUAAAGUCCCAGCCAUUACCGGGAAUGAUUCUAAAGAUUGGCUCAAUGGUCCACAAAUUAAAGAAGUGCUGACAGCUUCUCCAAGACCAGAUCAGAAUAGGCCAACAGGUGUCCCUACUCUUACACCUGUGAUCUCUUGCCCCAGUUAUGAAGAAGUAAUGCAGACCCCAAGGACGCCAUCUUGUAGCACCGACGACUACCCAGAUUUGAUGUUUGACUGUUCAGAUACUCAGCAUUCUUUACCUGUCUCUGCAAUGUCUAUGAAUGCCUGCUCCCCUACGUUCUUUGACCGGUUUUCAGCAACAUCUGGUGGAAUAACUGAAAACCCAAGUCAGACACCCACUAGGCUACCUUGCUCUGUAAACCGAAGCCAUUCGGUCUCUGUUGACACAAGAAGAGUUCCCGAAGAAGAGUUUCCUCCUGCAGAAACAAGAUUAUAUAGACAGCAUAGUGUGCCAGCGCCUUCUAGCUUCAGUUCACCAAUGCAGAUGAUGAUGAUGGAUGACAAGAUUCAACCACAUGUUCCUGAAGAGAAAUUCACAUGCGUGUCUCCAGGUUACUUUUCACCAGACUACAGAGCAGCAUCUCCAAGAGUUGAUGAUGCUUCUUGUACACCUGCAGCUGUUGCGAGUAUUGCUCCAUCCCCUGAUUGUGGCUAUUUAGCUGUUCAGGCAAAAUCACCGCAGUUAGAAAGGGAUGACUUGCUUGAGCCUUCUACAGAAAGUGCUAUUCCUCCUGAUCUUGGCCUGCCAUGCGACUCAGCUGAAGCACAACAAGCUACAGAAUCUAUUCUAUCCCAAGAACAAAGCUUUUCACCACCCGAGCCUAAUUUUAUGCAACAGGAACCAGCCUACUUACAAACCGAUAGUAACUUUAUCACAAAUGAAAAUAGCUUUUCAGCUGAACCUGACUUCAUGCCUGAGGAAUCCCCUUAUAUGCACCAGGAGCCCACCUAUAUUCCUCAACAGACAGGCUUUCUACCCCAGGAGCCAGAAUAUUUGCCUUCAGAGCCCUCCUUUAUGCCCCAACAACAGGGUUAUGUUCUUCAUCCGGGAUCCAGUUUCCCUUCCGCACAGACUGCUUAUUUGCCCCCUGAAUCUGGUUUUCAUACACCGGAUACAGAAUCCUCUUUUCUACCCCCUGAACCAGCUUUUUUACCACCACCUACAGAAUCUAGUUUCCUUCCGCCUGUUGAGGAAAAUACGUUUAGCUCAACUAUAUCCGAGCCGAAUCUAGAAUGGGUUAGUCCGCCUAGUAGAAAUGCGGACUCUGUUGUCCCUCCAAGUUUAAUGUGUAACAACUCAGACCAACCUGGCAACUGGUCAAUGGCACCUGAGCUCUUAAAAUCUCCCCAGAGAUUCACAGAGUCCCCGAAAAGUUUUUGCUCACCCGACAAAUCUAUUAAUGCUUCAGUUCCAUUUAUUUCUUCUGAUUCACCUUUUCCAGUUUCUCCCAUUUCCUACCCCAUGUCUGAACCAGCCCCAUAUGAACUGAAAGAGGAUAGGCAAGAUGCAGAAGAGGAUAUUCCUCAGCCAGAAGAUCCGGGUGCGUAUGCAUCUCCAACGCCCCUUACCAAUUUCUUGAAUAACUGUGAUGCCCUCUCAGAUGAACAGCAGCCUUUGCCGUCUGAGUCGCAACUAAAUACAGAGCCUCUUGAAGACACAUUGGCUCCAGAUAAAGAAAGUUAUGUGGAGCCCAGUGAUGUUCAACCACCUGCUCAAGAUUCAGAACCAUGGUCGGACCCAUUUUCUUCAGCUGUGGAUGAUUUGGAUCUUGGACCAUUUUCCCUGCCUGACCUUCCCAUUCCUGUCAAAGAAGAAAAUGACCCGGAGAUUUGUGGACAGCCAAGUAUCAUUGCAAGCAGUCCUUGUGUUCCCCUUGAUGUGUCCAAUGUGUCUCCUAAAGAGACAAAUACUGUGGAAAUGGAGGAACCAUCGCAUGAAGUUCAGGAACAGAAAGAUGACAACGUAGUGGAACCUACAAUAGAAACUGCAAAAUUAUCCCAUGAUACAAAGCCAGCGUUUGAUCCACCUUGCUUUGCAAUACCCUAUGUACAACUGGAGACUCUUCAAGAAGUAGAGAGUAAAGUACAGUCCAGCCUGAGUUCUUCUGCAGACACAUGCACACCAGUUUUGCAGAAGAAUGUUGACGCGGAUAUUAAAGUAACUGACAGUACACCAGUGGAAAACGUCGAUCGUGAACCUGUCGUAAAAGUUGAAGCUCCUCCAGUCAACCCUCCAGUAGAAGUUCCAGAGCAAAUGCCAAAAACAGUCGAUGUUCCAAAACCUCCCAAAGUAGAAGAGAUUCCACUACGGAUGACUCGAAACAGGGCGCAAAUGCUUGCCAAUCAGAAUAAGCAAAACACUUCCACGCCGGAGAAGGAACAGCCGGUAACAAACACACCAUCAACCCGUGGAAAAAGUAAAGUCUCCGAGGAGGAAGAUUCCCAAACGCAGCACCCGCGCAAGAGGAAGUUGCAGAAGCCCAAUCAACUCCAACAGCAGAUAAUCACCACCAGUCAGCAGACGCGCGAAAUGAUCCAGCAGACCCUGGCGGCCAUCGUCGAUGCCAUCAAGUUGGAUGACAUUGAGCCAUAUCACAGCGACAGGUCAAAUCCUUACUUUGAAUACUUACAGAUUAGGAAAAAAAUUGAAGAGAAGAGGAAAAUCUUGUGCUACAUCACCCCUCAAGCCCCUCAAUGCUAUGCUGAAUAUGUGACUUACACUGGCUCUUAUUUAUUGGAUGGCAAACCUCUGAGCAAGCUUCACAUUCCAGUGAUUGCACCACCGCCAUCAUUAUCGGAGCCACUAAAAGAAUUAUUCCGGCAACAGGAAGCAGUGAGGGGGAAGCUUCGCCUGCAACACAGCAUUGAAAGAGAGAAACUCAUCGUGUCUUGUGAACAGGAGAACCUCAGAGUUCAUUGCAGAGCGGCCAGGACAAUUGCCAACCAGGCUGUGCCUUUUAGUGCCUGCACCAUGCUGCUGGACUCGGAGGUGUAUAACAUGCCUCUGGAAAAUCAGGGAGAUGAAAAUAAAUCCGUCAGAGAUCGGUUUAAUGCCCGGCAGUUCCUGUCCUGGUUGCAAGACGUUGAUGACAAAUAUGACAGGAUGAAGACGUGUGUGUUAAUGAGACAGCAACAUGAAGCCGCAGCCUUGAAUGCUGUCCAGAGGAUGGAGUGGCAGUUAAAGAUGCAGGAGCUGGAUCCGACCGGACACAAAUCCCUAUGCGUCAACGAGGUUCCCUCUUUCUAUGUGCCAAUGGUGGACGUGAACGAUGACUUUGUGCUCUUGCCAGCAUGACAAGGCGGACUCCUGGGGUUUUUGGGGGGGGGGGGUUUUUUUUUGGUUUUUUUUCUUAAAUCAAAACUGGCAAGGGCCGGCCCCCUUGGCAAAGAAGAGCUCAGUUUUCGCUUGCACAGCUGCAUCGAGAAAUAAUGUCCCCACUCACCGUGCAAUCUUCAGUUGCGAAUCGACGAAUCGCAAUCUUUAAAAGGAUCUCUUAAUUUUUAUUUUUGGUUUGGCUUUAUCAAGUUCCACCUUGUCGGGACAUGGUGCGAUGAGGCAAAAAGAAAAGCCUUCAGCCGCUGACUACCUCAGGUCAGCCUACACCGGGCCUACUUUGCAAAGCAGAUGGGCCCUUUAUUUUUAUUUUUUUCUGUUCCAUCCUGC